CUCAUCUCCCCAGAGUGAGGAAGUCAGAGCUGUUAGCAGCCUUUCACACCACUCUUUCCCUCUUGCUGAUACGGAGUAUUUCUGAUUUUUACGCACUGAUCAUUUCAUUGGAAAGCCGGGACAAUGAUGAUCCCCAGCGUCCUCGCGCCUCCUGCGCUCUACCCGGGGCUGUACCGGCCUGCAGCGGCCCUGCCGCUCCACCAGACCCUACCAGCCACCUUCCCGGGCCACUCCAGCUUCCUAGUGGAGGACCUGCUCCGGAUAAGUCGCCCUGCUGCAUUCCUACACCGGACUGCCCCUUCAGCGAGCACCGCCAUGCCCACCGUUACCGCGACUUUAUCCUACAACGGGGCGGGCACGACUACCGCGGUGACGCGCGACUCCUGCUCGCCCAAGACGUCAGUGCCGAGUAAAGACCCGAGUUUUCUCAAGUUUGGAGUGAGCGCCAUCCUCGCGCCAUCACCAAAGUCGGCGUCAUCACCCACAGUGGUCCACAGCCUGCAGUCCAAGGCCUUCCCCGUUUCCUGCUUUGACGGGACCUUUCACCCCAUAUUCACAACACCUUAUUUACCAGCAUCUUCCUCUGUUGUCCCCAUCCCCGGGACUUUUUCGUGGCCCCUGGCCUCCAGAGGAAAACCCCGCAGAGGGAUGCUCAGGAGGGCGGUGUUCUCCGACGUGCAGCGCAAAGCUUUGGAGAAAAUGUUCCAGAAACAGAAAUACAUCAGCAAGCCAGACAGAAAGAAGCUGGCCUCUAAACUGGGCCUCAAAGACUCACAGGUGAAAAUCUGGUUCCAAAAUCGGCGGAUGAAGUGGAGGAACUCCAAAGAACGGGAGCUGCUGUCAUCCGGUGGAUGUCGGGAACAGACGCUGCCCACCAAGGCCAACCCGCACCCGGACCUCAGCGACGUGGGCAAGAAGUCCUCGGCCGAGGAUGAAGAGCUAGAAGAGGAGGAGGAGAGACUGCGGACAGCAGGUUGCAGCGUUUGCUCUCCCUCUCUUUCCAGUAAACAUUCUGAUUUCUCAGAGUCAGAAGAAGAGGAAAUAACAGUAUCCUAAUUUAUUUUUUAUACUCAAGCUGUUUUUGUGUGACUGACCAGAUCUGUAAGAAGCUGCUUCCCGCCACCAGAACUUAUAAAGAUCAGCGUUUUGAAAUGAUUUCUGUUUCAAAGUGUGUUGCUUCAGCUGAGCCGCUGACAGUUUGCUGUUUUUGCACAGCUUGUCUUCACGUGUACAGUAUUUUGUACAAGUCUGUAUGGGAUUUUAUGACAAGAUUAUUAAGUUGCUUUAGCCUCAAUAUAAAAAAAUGGUUUAUUAUUAAAAUGUAGUUAUUGCUUUAAUUUAUAUGAAUUUGUUUUAUAAUGUCACAUGUCCUGUAUAUAUGUAUAUCUCAUUUGUUUUGUACAAACGCCAAAUAAAUUGUAAGCAAUUUUAAA